CAGAUAUCCGCCGUCAAACAGUGGAGUGUUUGCCGAGGGCAUUGAUUUGCGUACGGUCAAUUCUGUUUAAUUAUUUUCGCACCGCGGGGCAGAGAAUACAGACACGAAUAGAAACUAAGGUGACAACUUCUCCGUUUUGUGUAAUCAGUGAAACCAAUGGCUUAGGUGCAGCAGGGUCACGUGGUGGCGGUGACACACCUGCGCAGGGCCUAUACCGGCGCCAGACGCACGAGCAGCACAGGUAGAGCAGAGCACAAGGUUCCACGCUGCGUAGACUAUAGGGCACAGGUACAUGUGUGCUCACACACCCGUUGGAUAGCCCUGGCCCUCAGCAGUCAUGAAUCGAGAAGAGCACUACUAUUCCCCGGCGCAGCUGUUCAAAGACUCCUGCGCCUACCAGAGACCCCACAGCGAGGACUUCAGCCACAGCCCUCCGCCCUGCCUCUACAUGGGCCGGCAGGCUCAGUCCGUCUGCUCAUCGCCUUCCAUCGGAGGGCUAGACCAAGCGAGUCUCCCUGACAUUGCUCCGUACAGUAUGCCCAUGCGAGAGGACCCAGGUGUGCCGCAGCUCCACCACCCCCAGGCGCCCCAGCAGACUCUCCAACAGGGGGGUUACGGAGACCCGGGGGAGCAGGCUCUGUGUGCGGAUAGGAACAGAUACCACCUGCCUUUCCCCUGGAUGAAAAGCACCAAGUCUCACGUGCAAACCUGGAAGGGACAGUGGGCAGGUAACUCACUGCAGUCACCUUUGCAAUUUUCGCAUAUUUCUCGUUGCUGUAGGGCUGCAAAGAAAGGAAUUCAUCUAGGCCUCUCAAGGAAUCUACGCACACAUUUAUAGGAAUUUUGCAGACUUUUCUUUUACAGUAGGCCUAUCUAAAUAGAUUCGUUUGAACACACUUUCAUACUGUACAAAUAGCCUACAAGUGGAUAAUCUAUUUGAUUAAAAGACAAUAUUUCAACAAAAGUAUUUAUGUAAUAGUUAAUUGAACAUUCAGGAGUUUUCUUUUGCCAAUAGCCAUUGAGUGAAUGUUAUUUGACCAUAGGGAAUUCAACAGAAAUAAAACUGAACAUUGAGUGUAAUUCAAAAGCUAUUUAACUCACACAAUCAACUGUUGUGUAUGGAGCAUUAAUUAUUGCUGCUUUAUGUGUAGGCUAAUGCCACUGCUGUGAAUAUAGGCCUAGAAAAUGAUCAGACGUUAAUCAUGAAGUUUGAAUAGACCGAGGCUUUUGUGCAAGUAUACGAACUUCAAUGACAUCAUGAUGUCUACAAUAUAUGUCGUGAGUGGGUGUCAGUUUACCUUGUCAAUCAAUCUGGAAAGGACCUAGGUUCACUCAUACAGGCCACUGUUUUGUAUGCCUCUGAAGGUGUGUCUCCGGUCUCAAGUACCAAGUUGUGAUUUACUUCAAAUAUGUGAACAUUUCAGUUGUGACAAUUUCUUUGUUAAUGAUUUCCUAAUGGCAGUUAUUGUCCAUAUAGGCCUUCAUGAAAAAUGCUGCGUAGUGUAUAUUAGUGUCUUACAAAAACCUUAAUUAUAUCAAUAUUUUUUAGACAUAUCAAAUAUAUUAAAGGGUAUAUCAUUAAGGUGGAGUCUUUAGGAAUCGUAGAAAAAUAACGCGUCAACUCUUCCUCCUAAAAGUAUUUUCUGUUGCGGCCAUUUUAAGUCAACUCGGUACAGCGGGUAAAUGGGAACUGGAUUGGGCCUUUUUUCUCUAGUCUAAAAUAAUUGAAUACGUUUUCUGACCACAUACACAGCUCUUGCAUUGGUUUCAAUUAAACGAAAUAUCAAGUAAUGUAUGUUACUCAGUGCUUGACUUGGGCAGGAGCUCACCGGAGCUGAGUACCAGGACUUUCAAUUUUCUACUGCUUGAGCUCCUGUUCCUCUUAUACAAUAUUAACUAAAAAGUAUUGUGGAGCUCCUGCACCUAAAUAUAAACAGUACCGGCACCCAAAAUGAGUACCGGCACCUAUUUCAGUCCAAGUCAAGCACUGAUGUUACUUAAAUAAAUUGAUGGUAACAACAAGUGGAAAAGUUGAUAGGCCUAAGUCUCAAGAAUAAUCGGUUCUUCUCAAUUAUUGCGUAGGCCUAUAGACAAUUAUUCUCUCAACUCAACCUUCCUCAAAGAUAAUAAAAAAAAUAUUGUUUGUAAUUAAUAAGACAAUUAGGAUACAAAUGUGUUAAAUAUUACUUCAUUAGGCUAUAUGUGCUUUUAUUGUUUAUUCCCGUGGCUUAAGAAAAUCGUGUAACUUUACAAACGAUACACUUUUUGUUAACUAAUUUCGAUAAAAGUUUAUUUUAGUACAAAUAUUUUCCUCAACGGACAAACGCAACCAGGGCAAGAAUGAGCUUACUCUAAAACUAAGAAUUAAACAGUUCAACUAUUGAAUAGAAUAGAUUUUAAAUGCUUAUUUCUUUUGAUAUCAACGACCCCCUUCACCAAUAUAUCUGAACGAAAGUUUAACAAUUGAGCUGCUAAUUUCAUAAUUCAAAACACAAAUGAAUUGUAGUGGUAAUACAGGAAAAACUAUGGCUGUUCUUUUAUCAUGUAGGCCUACCUUCAUUUUUUUUAUAAAGGUGAUUACAUUAAAUAAAUGGACUGUCUCUAAAUUGCCUUGCUGUUCCAGGAUGUGUGUUUUAUUGAACAGUCCAAGUUAGUGAAACUUUUCAGGUGAAAUUACUAUAGAAUAAUAGCCUAUCAUGUAAAAAUAAAUUAGAUUUUAAACCCCAAGAUUUUUAGCUAUUGUACGCUUUUGUCAACUAACAAAACCCACAGUAAUCGAAAUGUUGUGAUUCUUUAUUUUUUUUGUUUAAAAGGCCUACCCAUUUUCCCUCCAAUUGAUUGAUCCAUUUAUGAGUCUUUGUUAUAGAAUCUGCAGUAAUGUGAAAUUCAGUGUGCUGUGACCCAUGCAGAAUUGUUCUGCACAGAAUACAUGAUACCUCACAUAGUAAUUUUCCAUAGUCAGUAUACAGUAUCUGUUGCUAUAGUUGCACUGACAGCUGUGAGAGCUUACCUGUCAUCUGAUGUAGCCUACUGUAUGUGUUUUAGUAAUCAUCAGUUACCCAACUGUUUCUAUACAGUAGAUGUUCUUGGGUGGUCAGUGGGUGAGCUGCGUUCAGUCAGUGUGCAGUGUGGGUUUCAGCUAGACCCGAUGGGUCAGAACCCACUGGUGGGUCAUUGCCAGUUUCAUCCAGAUUGUGCCUUUGGGACUUUGACUGUGGCAGGAUACAAUGUUUAGUUAAUCUUGAGUUAUAUAAACAAAGAGUCACACACUCCAUAUGUAUAACCUCCCAGUCAUUUAUUGGGUAAAAAAAACACCAACGUUUCGGCAUCACUGUGCCUUCAUCACUGUGCCUUCAUCACUGUGCCACAAAACGGAAUACUCCAUUCUAACCUCUUCACCCCCCCUUCCCUCUCUCCCCUCCCGCUCUUUCUCUGCCUCUUCACCCCCCCCUUCCCUCUCUCCCCUCCCGCUCGUUCUCUGCCUCUUCACCCCCCCUUCCCUCUCUCCCCUCCCGCUCUUUCUCUGCCUCUUCACCCCCCCUCGUCCCUCUCUCCCCUCCCCCCUCUCUUUCUCUGUCCUCUUCCACCCCCCCCUUUCCCUCUCUCCCCCCGCCGUUCUCUGCCCUUCACCCCCCCUUCCUCCCCCUCCGUGUUCUCUGCCGCUUCACCCCCCCUUCCCACUCUCUCCCCUCCCGCUCGUUCUCUGGCCUCUUUCACCCCCCCUUCCCUCUCUCCCCUCCCGCUCGUUUCCUGCCUCUUCAUCACCCCCCCUUCCCUCUCGCCCCUCCCGGCUCGUUCGCUGCCUCUUCACCCCCCCUUCCCAUCUCUCCCUCCCGCUCCCGCUCUUUCUCUGCCUCUUCACCCCCCCUUCCCUCUCUCCCCUCCCGCUCGUUCUCUGCCUCUUCACCCCCUCCACCCCUUCCCUCUCUCUCUCCCCUCCCACUCUUUCUCUAUCUCCACUCCCUCCCCUCCCCUCCCUCCCCAUCCUCCCCCCAGGCCACUACAUGGAGGCAGAGGAGAACAAGCGGACAAGGACUGCCUACACGCGAGCCCAGCUCCUGGAGCUGGAGAAGGAGUUCCUGUUCAACAAGUACAUUAGCAGGCCGCGACGUGUAGAGCUGGCCAUCACCCUCAGCCUCACAGAGAGACACAUCAAGAUCUGGUUCCAGAACCGACGGAUGAAGUGGAAGAAGGAGGAGGACAAGAAGAGGGUGAGGGGGGUCAACCCCGAGCAGGACUCGUCCAUUACGUCAGGAGACCUGAAGGAUGAGGCAGGGUUGGGGGGCGGGGGGGCUGGGCUGGUGGUCGGGGGGACAGGGAUGGGGGUCGGGGGGGCAGGGACUCCCACACCGGUACCUCUCAUCACCACCACACCCCCCUCGCCCCUACACUCCCACUCCCUGUCAGGUUCUAGAGACUCAGCCUAG